CUGGCCCCCAGCGGCGAGCGCGGCCCCCGCCCGGGUCCCGUGGCGCGGGAUCAGCUGACGGGGGUCACGUGAGCGGCUGGCCCCGGACGCCUGGGUCCCGCGGGGAUGGAGCCGCGGGCGCUGCUCGAGGCCUGGCGGGGGCGGCUGGGCCCGGAGCUGGACGCGGCCAUCGGCUUCUGGGUCCGGCACUCGCACGACCCCGAGCACGGCGGGUUCUUCUCCUGUCUGGGCCGGGACGGGGCCGUUUACGACGAUGUGAAAUACGUGUGGCUGCAGGGCCGGCAGGUGUGGGUCUACGCCCGGCUCUACCGCACGGUGCCCCGGUUCCGACGCCCCGAACUGCUGGAGGCCGCCCGGGCCGGUGAGCCCACGGGGGGGGGGAGAGGGGGGAGCUGAACAUUUGGCCCAGUCUGGCCUUAGUUGGGGAAUCAGCUGACUCGGUGUCACAUGACCAGCCCC